GUCGAGCAGUCUCAACUAGAGCUUUCUUACUUGCUAUUUAUUUUUUAUCUUUUUUUAUAAUUUUAAAAAUUUUUAUCACCAUCUCCUUCCACAUGAUUAAUCUAAUAAAAAAUACAUAGUUAAAUACAAUAUAUACAAUAAUGAUUAUUAUUAUUUAUCCUAUUAAAAUUUAUAAUAUAACGUUAUGAAUAUAUUUAUUUUUGGAAGAUUAUGAAGUUUGAAGAUACUUAGCAACUUGAUCAUCCCGCGUGAUGAGUUAUGAAAGAUAUACAUUAUCUUAAGUCUAAAGUUUAAUGCUGUAAUUAUCUUAUGUAUAUUUUUUGUUUUAUUUGGAAUAUACGAAAGAGAGCAAAUAAACGAUUGCGAAGAAGUUCGAUGAUCCCUGUAUGUUUACAGUAGUACAAAUUGAUGGCAUGCUAGAGUUAUAUUUUCAUCUGACCAAUUAGAAAGGGUAUAUCUUUUUGCGUUCUGGCUGUUAGCAUUGCACAGUGGUUGCGCCCAUAUGUCAAAAAAUGCAUGCAUUGCUCAAUAGAUCAAGGCCACCUAACUACAAAUAUGUCAUAAAAAUAAAAAGAAAGUUUAAAGAUCUAAGUUUAGUUUUCUUGUUUUAUGCCGAAACAUCCACGUGUUGUCCACAGUAGCACAGUGCAGUGCCUUCCGGUAUCGCAGCUCAAUAUCAGGUUUUUGCAGCAUUCAGUGAAAGUGAUUAUUAAACGUAGUGAGUAUGACCAACACAAACAAAUAAUAUUUUCUAACAUCGGCCAGUCGAAUUGGAUAUACUGUACUUUUAUUUUAUAAGGUACCUAAUAUGCAAAUAAUUAAAUGAAGGAAUGUCUCAAUACUUAUCACAUAGUUUGUAAUUUUUGUAGUCAAUUUUUGUUUAUGCUUAUAAUUUUUUAUACACAAAUUUAUAAUAAUUUACGACGCUCUAGGUAAGCAAUUUUUACAUCGCCCAAUAUUCAUAUACAUUUAAUAUGAGAUCCGUCUCAAUUUUAAGAUUGAAAAAAAGAAAAGCAUUUUAAAAUUUUAAUUUUAAGAGUAUGGGAAAAUGAUUGUGAACAAUGUCGCUCACACUUGCUAGUUAAACAUGCGAAGCGGUUGAGGAUUGAAAACACAGCAAGAGAGUUGCAACACUUGCUUAGAGGCGGUUGGUUUCUUUUUGAAUUCCACUUAUUGAGUAUGUUGGAUAAUAUUUUAAAUAAAAUCUGAGUCCCCUUAAGAUACAAAUAUAACAAUCAACAAAUACUUAAUAAAAUUUACAACCUAAUUCAUCAGUUUUGUGAGUUCUUACAUCUGUAGUACUAAGAAAAUGUAUCAAUCAAACACAGUUACAAUAUUAAAUGAGGAUCACUCAAAUAUACGAAAGUUUUUUAACAAAUCGAAUAUAUUUAUAACGGGUGGAACCGGAUUUUUGGGAAAGAUCUUAAUAAACAAACUACUUGCAUCGUGCCCUGCUUUAAAUACAAUAUAUUUGCUGGUACGUACUAAAAAUAACGAAAGUGUAGAUGCUCGAUUGGAUGAAAUGUUUGCGGAUCCGGUGUUUGAAAGCCUUAAACAAGUUUCUACAAAGUAUACUUUGCACUUAAAGGCGAUUGCUGGCGAUUGUUUGAAGCCUGGCUUGGGAUUAAACAGUAAUGAUCGUCAAUUAUUAAUAGACCACGUUGACGUUGUGUUUCACAUGGCUGCGACUGUUCGAUUUGAUGAGAAACUGAAAAGAGCUGUUAAAAUAAAUGUUCACGGUACAUAUGAUAUAAUGCAACUCUGCAAGGAAAUGAAAAAGCUGAAAAGUGUUGUCCACGUAUCCACGGCGUACACACAUUGCCCUCGAAGAACGAUUGAAGAAAAGUUAUAUUCGACCCAGAAUAAUCCCAAAAGUUUAAUGCUAAUGGCUGAGUAUAUACCCGAUAAGCUCUUGGAUUAUGUAACACCCAUUCUACUGGGAAAAUGGCCAAAUACGUACACCUUUACAAAAGCCGUUGCUGAGGACGUCAUUCGAGUUUACACAGGUAUACUUCCUGUUGGCGUUUUUCGUCCUGGUAUUGUAAUAUCGACAUAUCAAGAACCAGUGAGCGGCUGGAUAGAUAACUUUUAUGGGCCAACUGGAGCAAUAGCCGGAGCAGGCACUGGGUUGAUACGCACAUUACAGUGCAAUCCAAAAGCCCUAGCGAACAUGGUUCCAGUGGACUUCUGCGUAAACAGCAUGAUAGCUGCUUCAUGGGAUAUAUAUGAAAGGCACAAUGCUAAAAAAUGUUUGGCAGAUAUACCGGUGUAUAACUUUUGCACACCCAACGAGAAUCAGUUAACUUGGGGCGAGUUCACAACAAAGAAUACAAAAUAUGGUCUAAUGUACCCAACAUCAAAAGCAAUUUGGUAUCUGAGCUAUUCGAAUACCACUAACAAAGUAUCCCAUAUGCUUUCCAUAUGUUUACUCCAUUAUUUACCUGCGCUUUUCAUUGACUUUUUUUGUUUGUGCAUUGGAAAAGAGCCACGAUUACUUAAUACUUAUAAGAAGAUACAUAAAUUCAUAAAUGUGAUUUCCCAUUUCUCCACUCGUGAUUGGGACUUUCAUAUUGAUAAUGUUCAGAGCCUUUGGAGUCGAAUGUCGAAUAUUGAUAAGACCGAAUUCUUCUUUGAUAUGCGCCAAUUGGAUUGGGAUUUUUAUCUUCAGCAAUAUUUUCGUGGCAUACGCAAGUACUUGUUAAAAGAUCCAUUGGAAACCAUACCAAAAGCAUUAGUUAAAUGGAAUCGUUUGUAUUGGCAGCAUCAAAUCCUUAAAGCUAUCAUUUACUUAAUUCUAAUGAUUAUAGUCUGGACAUUCUUGAAGAACUAAAAAAAGAGCAUGAAUCAUGAAAAACUAUUUCUCCGCUGUUUUCACAGGAAGAAAUUAUGAAAUUCAACAAUAAUAUUUGUUCGAAAACAA